AUGCCAGUCACUCACCCAACACCAGCAGCACAAAACAAGAGCAGUCAGGCAGGCAGUCAGCCAGUCCAGCUGCCGACAGACUUAGUUAUCGAUAAGCUAAAAACCAACCACCACAACACAACUCACAGCUCGACCAUCUCAACCAACAUCCUCCUCGUCCUCACCAAACCACCUACCUCUCUACCUACUCCAUCAACAACCACCUACAACCCACUAUCAACCACCUACCACCACCACCACCCACCGACAGAAAAAAACCGCCAGAAUGACCCGCCCCCAACACCAACACCAACACCAACACCAACCACCACAACAACAAACCCAAACCCAAACCCAAACCCAUCCUCACCCCCCAAACCACCACCACCACCACAACAACAACACCAACAACAACCACGAAUCCCAAACCAACCCUCCCCAUCCACACCUCCCACUGCACAUUCUGCAACCACCUCCUCCUGGCCAGCACGCGCUCCAUCGCGACCCUCCCGCGCCGAAAAGAGCCCGCCCGCGACGCCGCGCUCAUUUUACCACUCCCAUCCACCACAACCACAAACCCAACCACAAACCCAACCACAACCACAACCAAUCCAACCUCAGCAAAGAACCCACAGCCCCAACCCCACUACACCAUCCUCCUGCGCACAACGAUCCCCUCGCGAAAAGCAACCCUAAUCCGGCGCGAGGACGGGUUCGAGAAGCGGUGGUUCCUGCGCUGUGGGCGGUGUCAUGUUGUCGUGGGGUAUUAUCUGGAUGGGGUGCAUUUUCCACACCUGACACAACAUAAACAUCAGAAUAAGGGUGUGGAAGGGGAUGAGGAGGAGAGGGAUGG